AUGCAUCGCUCAAUCGCCAACCUCGCCUUGCUCCUCGCCACAGUCAUGUCCUGCGUCCAUGCGAGCUGCUGGCCACGCGAGAGAGACGCGUUGCUGGCCUUCAAGCGAGGAAUCAAAGACACCCAUGACGUUCUCGCCUCGUGGCAAAAGCGGCGCCAUGACUGCUGCAGCUGGACAGGCGUCGCCUGCAGCAACGAAACCGGCCAUGUGACCGAGCUUGACAUUAGUGGCCUGGGUUUGGUCGGCCAGAUAAGUGCUUCCUUGCUUUCUCUCCAGCAUCUCGAGUACCUAAAUCUCAACAACACCUUCCUACUUGGACCAAACGGUCAUGCUUUCCCAGAAUUCUUGUGUUCUUUACACAGCUUGAGACAUCUCGAUAUCUCACACACGCCCUUCUCUGGUAGACUGCCUGCUCAGCUUGCUAACCUCUCAAAUUUGGAAUACCUCGAUCUCAGUUGGACAUCGAUGCAUGGUCGUGCUCCAGAGUUCUUGUUUUCAUACAAAAACUUGAGAUAUCUCGAUCUCUCACACACAACGUUCUCUGGCAAACUGCCUCCUCAGUUUGCCAACAGUUCAAAGUUGGAGCAUCUUGAUCUCUCCAGCACCUUCUUGUCUGGUACAAUACUGCCUCAGUUAGGUAACGUUUCAAACUUGAGACACCUUGGACUCGGGUUCACACAGGAUAUACACACAUCAGAUAUCUCAUGGUUAAAUCGCCUGCAAUUCUUGGAAUAUAUUGACAUGAGUGGUAUAGAUCUCAGCACCGCUGAUGCGUUCCUUGUGGCGAACAAAAUUCCAUCUCUCAAGGCCCUCCUUCUUAUCAACUGCUCACUUCCAAAUGCAAACCUGACACUCCUCCACCUAAACCUCACAAAACUUGAGCAGCUUCAUCUCGCCAGAAACUAUUUGGGCCAUCCAAUUGAAACCUGCUGGUUUUGGAACAUAUCAAGCAUCAAAGACUUGGGCCUUGGUGAAACCUAUCUCUAUGGUCCAUUCCCUGGUGCGCUAGGAGGUAUGACAUCCCUCCAGCGCCUAGACUUUAGCAACAAUGGCAAUUCAGCCACAAUGGCGGUGGACUUGAAAAAUCUCUGUGAUUUGGAAGAACUAUCGCUCAAGGGUAGCUUCGCAUUUGGGAACAUAACAAAGUUUGUCAGGAAACUGCCACAAUGUUCAUCCAUCAAAUUAUUCUUCUUGAGCUUGCGUGACAACAAUAUGACAGGAAUUCUGCCAGAUAUGAUGGGGCACUUGAAUGGCUUAAGAUAUCUUUACCUUUCUAACAACAGCAUUACUGGAGCUAUACCAUCUGGAUUAAGAAAUCUUACUAGCUUGGAAAGGAUCGAUCUCUGUUUGAACCAACUAACUGGCCAGAUACCAAUGUUACCAAGAAGCCUCAUUGGAGUGGGCAUUUCCAUGAACUGCUUGUCAGGGCCUUUGCCAUUAGAUUUUGGAGCACCGAAUCUUACAGAACUAAGUCUAUCCUCUAAUCACCUUACAGGUCAUGUUCCUAGAGCUAUUUGUCAGUUGCAAAACCUUGUUACACUGGACUUAUCCAGUAAUCUUCUUGAGGGAGAAUUUCCGUCGUGUUCUACGAUGCCAAACAUGGAAUUUCUAAUCUUAAGUAACAACAACUUCUCUGGAAAUUUCCCAUCUUGGCUUCAGAACAGCUCAAGUUUGAUUUUCCUUGAUCUUGCGGUGAACAAGUUCUAUGGAAUGUUACCCACGUGGAUUGGAGAAUUAGUGAACUUGCGAUUUCUGCAGCUAAACCAUAACAUGUUUUAUGGGGAUAUUCCAGUUAGCAUCACAAAUCUCAUACUACUUCAACACUUCAGUUUAGCUAGCAACAACAUAUCAGGAUCAAUUCCGUCACCCUUGUCAAAAUUAAUAGCAAUGACCCUAGAACAUCCACCGAGACUUGGGUCGGACAAGUAUGUUCAUGGAGACUCCAACAAGGAUAUUUUGUCUGUGGUGAUGAAGCAGCAAGAGCUUAAGUAUGGCACGUCUGCAGUUAACGAGAUGGUCGGCAUUGACUUGUCACUCAACCACUUAACUGGUGGAAUUCCAGAUGAGAUAACUUCUCUUAAUGGAUUGUUGAAUUUGAAUUUGUCACGGAACCACCUGGGAGGAAAAAUACCUAUGAAGAUUGGGGAUAUGAAAUCACUGGAAUCGCUCGACUUCUCAAGGAACAACCUUUCCGGUGAAAUCCCAACGAGCUUGUCAAAUUUAACGUAUCUAGGCUCCUUGGACUUGUCAUACGACCAUCUUGCAGGAAAAAUUCCGACAGGACGUCAACUUGACACUCUCUACACCGAGAACCCGUGCAUGUACAGUGGCAAUAUUGGUCUUUGUGGGCCUCCUCUUGAAAAGAAUUGCCCAGGCAACAAUGCGCCAAAGCAUGGUAAUCAGCAGCAGGGAAGUGGAAAUGGUUAUGAUCCAGUGCUGUUCUUCUACUUUGGGCUAGCGGCUGGCUUUGUGGCGGGACUCUGGGUUGUUUUGUGUGUUCUACUAUUCAAAAAAUCUUGGAGGAUUGCUUAUUUACGCUUCUACGACAAGCUGUAUGACAUUGUCUACGUGUUUGUUGUUGUUACUUGGGGCCAGGAUAACCAGUUAACCGGUGCGCUAAAUCAAGUAAGGCCGAUCUGA